AUGUAUUUUGGGGCGUACGUUGAAGAAUAUAUAGAAAAAAAUAAAGAUAUUUUAACUGAAGAUGAUAUACAAAGUUUUAAACAUAAAAGAUUGGCAUUUUAUACAGAGCUGUGUACUCAAAUUAAAAAUCGUUUUCCUUUUGAGAACGCAUUAUUAGAAAAUUUAAACGUUUUAGAGCCAAAAAUUGCAUACUCUGGCAACAUUCCUAGCUUAACUAAACUUCUUAAUUGCUUCCCUGUUUUAAAAGACAAAGUAAAUAUUGAAAAACUUAAUUUAGAAUGGAGAAUCAUCCUUGACUUAAAAGAAAUGGAAACACAUUUAGAUGAGUUAGAUACCUUUUGGUCUCUUUUGUUAUGCCAAAAAGAUGGCAAUAACGAUUUUCAGUUUUCAAAUUUAAUAAUUGUUACAACUUAUGUAUUUUCUUUACCGCAUUUUUCGGCGUCAGCUGAACGAAUGUAUUCACAAUUGUUUUUAAUAAAAACUAAACCCAGAAAUAGGUUACUUAUUGAAACCUGUCAAAAUUUAUUACAUACAAAAUUUUAUGUAUCAGAAUGUAACAAGGUUUGUUAUAAUUUUACGCCAAACGACGAAAUUUUAAAAAGAAACGUCGUCUAUCCAAAACAAAACCAAGACACUGAUAUACCACAUGUAGCACUAGCUGCACAACCUAUUCAAUACAUCGACACUGAAACUGUCUAG